GCCUUUUAUCCAGCAUGAUAGGUCUGCUAGUUUGCGAUUCACACACGCAAGUUAGCCUGUCGGCUAACUAGCAUAACUAAUUCAUUACUUUUACUCACAUUUAUGUAUUUCAAACGCUGUGUAGUUGGUAGACGUAAAAAGCGUGCUCGCCAUAGCUUUAUAUAGUGUUCACCGAAGCGGGUGGUUCCACUUAUUGGUUUGACUUUGCACCGGAUUACUGCAUGUUGUUUGUACGAUCAUGAAGGUGAACAAAACCGCACAGGUAAAAGGUAAAUCUCAGAAAUGGAAAGACGUACGGAGUAAACGCUGCAGACCUUCCACCAAGCCUUCGGAUCUGAACUCCAGUCCUGUCAUGGUUAAGAUGAUAAAGGAGCACCAGGUGUCUGUGAAGAAGAAACCCUCUGUGAAGAGGCUGAAAAAGAAAGCAAAAACUGUUUCUGAAAACAAGAAAUCCUCUCCUGAAUCUGGAAUUGACAAAACUAGCCCUCAAGCCAAUGGCUGCUCCACGUUUCCCCCGGAGGACGAGAAACAGGAUCUUCAGGAUUGGAGGGAGAGUUCAGGAUCAGUUCACGCUAACGGCACGGAGUCGUCGGAAGAUACAGAAGUCCAAGGCGGGAGACUGGAGGGGGAGGCUCUUCAUCACUAUGCACAAAGAAGCCACCAACAGAACCGGGCGGUGUUGAUCAUGCAGAAAAAUCAGACACUGUGCUUCCGUGGGAAGUGCGUUUUGACCUGUUUGUAUGGUCGCGUUGAAGUGAUGGGGUUCACCAUCGACGAGGGUCAGAAGUCAUACCCCCUCUUCUCCCCUGCCUCCCACUGCCCGCUCACCAUCCGAGCGCUGGGACACGCCGAUUACAUCAGAGAUGACAAAACAGAGGCUUCCAACAUCCUUCAAGAUUAUCUUUCACAUGUGUCCAGGAAGAAGUUGGUAAAAAAGGUAACGCCGACCUCCUCCAUCAUCCUACUGGAUCCUCUGGAGUCUCCUCUGACACGUUUCCUGUCGAGCUUUAGUCAUCUUGGUGAACUGUUCAGCCCCGCCAUGAGUGAACUCAUGUCUGCGGUUCUUGACACGCCGCUGAACGGUCUGGGUGUGAUUCCUUUAGCCAGCUCCAUCGAGGGACUGAAAACAUCCAGGAGCUGCAGAGAAGCUCUUGGUGCUGUUGUGAAUGCCUGCAGAGGAGACUUCGAUGGCAGUGCGGUUAUUCUGGUGUGUGGGAUCAAAAAUGUUGGAAAAUCAACAUUUAUCCGGAUCCUCAUCAAUACGUUACUGAAUCAUACUUCCAGUGUGGAUUAUUUGGAAGGAGAUCUUGGUCAAACAGAAUUCACCCCGGCUGGUUGCUUGUCGUUGUUGACCGUCAAAGAACCACUUCUGGGUCCUCCAUUCACUCACCAAAUCACCCCAGACCACAUGAUCUACUACGGCCAGCCUUCAUGCGAGACAGACCUGGACCACUACCUGGAUUCUCUCAAGUCCUUAUGGCGCAGACGUCCACAGAACAGAGAAAUGCCCGUCAUCAUUAACACUGCAGGCUGGGUCAAAGGGUUUGGACUCCAGCUGUUGGUGGAUCUGAUCCGCUUCCUCCCAGUCACUCACGUCGUCCAGCUCAGUCACGGAAGCACCACCCAGUUUCCCUCCCUCACUCCGGAGUUUCUGAGGACGGCGCAGGGCUAUCAGACACACCCGCCCGCUCAGACCGCCCUGGACGAGUUCACAGAGAGCCACUGCCCUCCCAGAGCGUACACCCACCUCAGCGUGCAGUCAGAGUUCCUAAACGUGGGGCGCCAAGGGACAGCAACACACCAGCGUUCCAAUGAGCACAGAGAGCUGUCUCUGCUGGGCUACUUGAGUCAGCUACAGUCUCCUGACCCUGGACCAGUGAGACCCCUACAUACCCUCACCCCAUACCAGGUGCCUAACACAUCAGUGGCUUUGGGCGUUAUCCACUGUGAAGUCGCUCCCUCCCACAUGUUGUACGCUGCCAAUGCUAGUCUGGUGGGACUCUGCUGCUUGGCAGAAAAAAUCAUAAGCAAGGUCGGACCGGUCAUCCUGUCGCAAGCACCCCUAUGUCCAUGUGUGGGGUUUGGCGUAAUCCGAGGAAUCGACAUGGCGCGAGGUUUGUACUUCCUGCUGACUCCUGUAGAUCCCUCCAUCCUCAAAAAAGUCAACUGUCUCCUCUUGGGGGAGAUAUCGCUGCCUUCAUGCAUCCUAACUGCGCAGGCCGGCAUUGAAGGCGAGACGCCGUACGUCACGACAGACUACAGCUUCGACCUCACCGGUGCAGGAAAGAUCCGAGUCUUCAAGGGACUGAUGAGGCCAGGUCUGAAAGGAGUGCAGUGACCUGGCUGCACCGCCUUAGAUUUGUCCGCCUUUACAUUUCUCGACUUGUCUUGCGUCGGGGUGAUCGUCACCAAGCUGUGAAUGUCCAGAACUGAAGUCGUGUUUGCAGCACAGCCUUGACCCUACAGGAGGGGUUCACUGCAAUCUUCUUAGUGAACAUCAUCGAGGAAUUCAGACGCUCGGAUAACCGUUAUCAGCUGUUCGCUCUGGAAAGGAGCUAGAAGCUGCUGUUUAUCACAUGGACGUUGCUGUUUAACAUGAUACUUUCUUUUAGCUUUUGUUUGUCACAUUCCAAAACUUAAAAACCUGCCAGAUAAUAAACAAGGGGAGAAAAAACUA